AUGUCUACAUCUAGCACUGGUAACGAGUCGCCUUUGGAAGACGACAACAGUAUCCGUUUGCAAGAGUUACAAAGCUUGCGCGAUCGUCGCCAGGAACUCACAAAAGCCCUCAGGGAGCUUCCUUACGAUUUGAUCCUCUACCUUGAGCGCGCAAAAGUCCACUCUGACCUAGGCUACCCCGAUCUUGCGGUAGGAGAUGCCUACCGAGCUCUGCUGUUGACCGAUGAGGUUCUCAACGAAGGUUUCGAAUACCACGAGCAGGCGGUUGAGUCUUUGCAGUCUCGGCCCCUAGACCCACUCCCACUGGUCCUUGACCACGGUCACCUGACGGAUCUUGGCAGUGACUAUGUCGAUAACGAGGCGAAGGACCAAGCUGGCCUUGUUCGCCAUGUCGCCAGGUUGUCUUCUGUCCGGUGCUAUCAGAUCCUAUCACUCAGCUUACUCCUAUGUUCGUGCCUGAAGUCGUCCUACGACUUUGCCGAAAGGGGUUUGGCUCUAGCCCCGGAAAACGAGGAGUUGCUGGAGACUUUCGGGUAUAUUAACAAAAUCGCUCGUCAAAGGCUUCGAAGGGAGGACAUUAACCCCAACAUCCUUCCCGAAUGGGGAAUGGUUCGGAGAGAGGUCUACCCUUGGAACGACCACGAGCCCGAUCGUUAUGGUCCCAAAACUCUCGAGUUUCUCAACAAGCAACUAUCCCAGUUCUCGCCAAAAUGUGAGGUCAGAGUCUCCAAGCUUCCGAUCUUGUUGGACGAAGCGAGCGAAACUGAUGACUACGACUUCAUACCCACCUGCGAACAACUAGGUCUUUUUGCCAAGGAAGAUAUUGCGCCAGGAGAGACCGUACUUGAAGAGUAUUCGCUCCUCACCGCAAACAACCGCCAUAAGGAACCGGUCUGCGACGCCUGCGGUGCUGAUCUUCCGCCACUAGGGCCUGACUCGACCGCCGUCAACUGCGAAGAGUGCUACGACACUGUGUUCUGCAGUCAAUACUGCCAUGACUUGGCACAGGAGCUCUAUCAUCCCGCGGUCUGUGAAAAAGACGUGGAUGACAUCAAAAAGGACCCCGAGGCUUCGGAAGCUGCCGAAACGCUGAAUCUGCUGCUUCUUGCCCGUGUUUUGGCUCUAUCACAACACCAAGGCAUUCAUCCUCUUGACCUCCCCCAGGUCAAAUAUAUUUGGGGCGACUUUUUGCCGACGAGCGUCAAUAAUAUCGACAUAUCCCCUAGUCCGAUGCCUCCACCUGACUGGACGCUGCGGUUUUCUUUCGAAUACAACGUCAAGGCACCUCUGCAUAUCCUCGAGAAGAUGGAUGUCGAUAUAUAUACUACUUUACCGGAAAACGAUUUGUGGGUUUUCAACACCCUCUAUAGCAAGUUCCGGGGCACGGCGUCGAGUCGGAAGAAUCCACGGGAUGGUCGACCCGAGGUUGCGGCCGUGCAUCCCUUUUGGUGCAUAGCGAACCACGACUGUAACCCGAACGUUACCUGGGACUGGGCAGGAAGAAUGGUGCUAUGGGCAAGAAAGGAAAAGAUUAUGGGAGACAAACCAGGGCUCAAGGCUGGAGAGGAAGUUCUCAAUCAUUAUACCGACAUCAGAAUGUCCGUUGACGAGCGACGCGAGUGGGCCAAGGGAAGCCUCGGUGGAUCAUGUAUGUGCUCUCGUUGCCGAAGUGAGGCAGCAGCAGCAGCAACAACAGCAAAGAAGGCUUGA